AUGGAGCGGAUCCCCAGCGCGCAACCGCCCCCUGCCUGCCUGCCCAAAGCUCCAGGACUGGAGCCCGGAGACCUACCUGGGAUGGAUUUUGCACACAUGUACCAAGUGUUCAAGUCGAAGAGGGGAAUAAAGCGGAGCGAGGACAGCAAGGAGACCUACAAACUGCCGCACCGGCUCAUCGAGAAAAAGAGACGUGACCGGAUUAACGAGUGCAUCGCCCAGCUGAAGGAUCUCCUACCCGAACAUCUCAAACUUACAACUUUGGGUCACUUGGAAAAAGCAGUGGUUCUUGAACUUACGUUGAAGCAUGUGAAAGCACUAACAAACCUAAUUGAUCAGCAGCAGCAGAAAAUCAUUGCCCUGCAGAGCGGUUUACAAGCUGGUGAGCUGUCGGGGAGAAAUGUGGAAGCAGGUCAAGAGAUGUUCUGCUCAGGUUUCCAGACGUGUGCCCGGGAGGUGCUUCAGUACCUGGCCAAGCAUGAGAACACUCGGGACCUGAAGUCUUCACAGCUUGUCACCCACCUUCACCGUGUGGUCUCAGAGCUGCUACAGGGUGGUACCUCCAGGAAGCCGUCGGACCCAGCUCCCAAAGCCAUGGACUUCAAGGAGAAACCCAGCUCCCUAGCCAAAGGCUCCGAAGGCCCUGGGAAAAACUGUGUGCCAGUCAUCCAGCGGACUUUUGCUCACUCGAGUGGGGAGCAGAGUGGCAGUGACACGGACACAGACAGUGGCUACGGAGGAGAGUCCGAGAAGAGUGACUUACGCGGUGAGCAGCCGUACUUCAAAAGUGAUCAUGGACGUAGGUUCACCAUGGGAGAAAGGAUCGGUGUUAUUAAGCAAGAAUCUGAAGAACCACCAACGAAAAAGAGCAGAAUGCAGCUGUCAGAUGAUGAAGGCCAUUUCACUGGCAGUGACCUGAUCAGCUCCCCGUUCCUGGGCCCGCACCCACACCAACCUCCCUUCUGUCUGCCCUUCUAUCUGAUCCCGCCGUCCGCAACCGCCUACUUACCCAUGCUGGAGAAGUGCUGGUAUCCCACCUCCGUCCCAGUGUUGUACCCAGGCCUCAACGCCUCUGCUGCAGCCCUCACCAGCUUCAUGAACCCAGACAAGAUCUCAGCCCCCUUGCUCAUGCCCCAGAGACUCCCUUCUCCCUUGCCAGCCCAUCCAGCCAUCGACUCUUCUGCCCUGCUCCAGGCUUUGAAGCAGAUCCCCCCUUUAAACUUAGAAACCAAAGACUAA